AUGAUGCUUCAUUCGCAAUUGGUCAGCUUUCUUACUGUCAUUCCCUUGUUGGAUGCGGCGAUUGUGAAUUGGGAUAGUUCAAAGCCAGUUGUAAUACCUUACCAUGGGAGAAGAGGACAUCAAUACCUGCACCUUAUUGACUACGUGGGUUCGCUAUCGAAGCGUAUCUACUCAGGAAUUGGAGUAAUGGUAGGCUUGAAUGAAAUAAGUUUCGCGAAAUUCCUUCCCGAUUAUCCGAAGCGACCACCGGAUCCACACUGCUUAUUGUUUCAAACCGUGAAAGGAUCAACUAAGCAAUGCGACGAAUUUUUCUUACUAGUUGCGGACUACUACAGCAUCAACCGAAGACCAUGGGACGAAGGAUAUAAAAAAUGUUCUCAAAUCCAGUUCCAUUAUUACAUGCCUGUUUUGGUCAAAUACGAUGUGACAGUCGAUAAGUCACCGAAAUAUGUCGCAACUUAUUCAAUCCUGGAGGAUCUGCUUUACUAUUCAGAUGAGAAAGGAAGGAGGAUAACCAUCAGCAACUUCAACCUCAAAGUUCAACUCAGAGUCUAUUCACCAGCCAAAUACGAAGUACUUUGUACGAUGCCUGUAUAA